AUGGUUCUGAAACGUCUGCUAAACGCAUGCGCACUGCUCUCUGUAGCUGUUGGCAGUUCUCCGAUUCGACCGGGGACCUGCAGUGAGAGAUUUAUUGGAAGAAAAACCACGACUGAAGACGAGGGAACAGCAACAAGUGAACCAGCCCGAGGACUGAGAGCACCGACUGGAGAGAACCCAUCUGACUCGGAGAUUCCAGUGAUUCAGUCAGGAGAAAGUUUGGUUAAAAAUGACAAGGAAUUUGUCUACGGGAAUCUCGAACACUACACGCCAGUUUUGCUGUCUCUGUCCAGAUAUUUAAGAAGUGGAGCAAGGGAUUCACUCGACCAUCCUUCCUGCUCAGACUGUGGGGAGGGAUCCACUCGAUCAUCCUUCCUGCUCAGACUGUGGGGAGGGAUUCACUCGAUCAUCCUUCCUGCUCAGAUAGUGGGGAGGGAUUCACUCGAUCAUCCUUCCUGCUCAGACUGUGGGGAGGGAUUCACUCGAUCAUCCUUCCUGCUCAGACUGUGGGGAGGGAUUCACUCUAUCAUCCUUCCUGCUCAGACUGUGGGGAGGGAUUCACUCGGUCAUCCUUCCUGCUCAGACUGUGGGGAGGGAUUCACUCGAUCAUCCUUCCCGCUCAGACUGUGGGGAGGGAUUCACUCGAUCAUCCUUCCUGCUCAGACUGUGGGGAGGGAUUCACUCUAUUAUCAGACUGACUGCCAUGCCUGCCAUUUUAAACGGGGGUGGUGGGGGGGGGAACCUGUUCAUCUGCUCAGACAGUGGGAAUAG